AUGGUUCAUCUAGGUCCAAAGAAGCCACCAACGAGAAAGGGUUCCAUGGUGGACAUGCCACAACAACUUCUAGAUCAAAUCAAGGUCUUUGAAGAAAUGUACACUGUUGAUGGUGAAACUUUGAGAAAGGUUACAAAGCACUUCAUUACAGAACUUGACAAGGGUUUGUCUAAAAAGGGUGGUAACAUUCCUAUGAUUCCAGGUUGGGUUAUGGAAUACCCAUCUGGUAAGGAAAAGGGUGACUACUUGGCCAUUGACUUGGGUGGAACCAACUUGAGAGUUGUUUUGGUUAAGUUGGGUGGUGACCGUACUUUUGACACUACUCAGUCUAAGUACAAGCUACCAGAAGCUAUGAGAACAACUAAGAAUCAUGAAGAACUAUGGAGUUUCAUUGCUGAUUCUCUACAAGCAUUCUUGGAAGAUCAAUUCCCAGAAGGUGUCAAGGGUAAGCUACCUUUGGGUUUCACCUUCUCUUACCCAGCUUCUCAAGAUAGAAUUAACCAAGGUGUUCUACAAAGAUGGACUAAGGGUUUCGAUAUUCCAAACGUCGAAGGUCAUGACGUCGUUCCAAUGCUACAAAAGCAAAUCGAAAAGAGAAACUUGCCAAUCGACAUCGUUGCCUUGAUUAACGAUACUACUGGUACCUUAGUUGCAUCAUUGUACACUGAUGGUGAAACUAAAAUGGGUGUUAUCUUCGGUACUGGUGUCAAUGGUGCUUACUACGAUGUUGUUUCUGAUAUUCCAAAGUUGGAAGGUAAGUUGGCUGAUGAUAUUCCAAAUGAUUCACCAAUGGCUAUCAACUGUGAAUAUGGUUCUUUCGAUAACGAACACGUUGUUUUGCCAAGAAACAAGUAUGACUUGAUCAUUGAUGAAGAAUCUCCAAGACCAGGCCAACAAGCCUUUGAAAAGAUGUCUUCAGGUUAUUACUUGGGUGAAAUGUUGCGUCUAGCUCUGUUGGACCUAUACGAUCAAGGUUUGAUUUUGAAGGGUCAAGACAUUUCUAAGUUGAAGAAGCCAUACGUAAUGGAUACUUCUUACCCAUCCAAGAUUGAAGACGAUCCAUUUGAAAACUUGGAAGACACUGACGAACUUCUACAAAAGAACCUGGGUAUUCAAACCACAGUCCAAGAACGUAAGUUGAUUAGACGUCUGUGUGAAUUGAUUGGUACUAGAUCUGCUAGAUUGUCUGUCUGUGGUAUUGCUGCCAUCUGUCAAAAGAGAGGUUACGAAACCGCUCACAUUGCUGCCGAUGGUUCCGUUUUCAAGAUGUACCCAGGCUUCAAGGAGAAGGCUGCUCAAGGUUUGGCUGAUAUUUACGGUUGGGAACAUAAAGAUCCAAAGGAUUGUCCAAUUGUCAUUGUUGAUGCUGAAGAUGGUUCUGGUGCUGGUGCCGCCAUCAUUGCUGCUUUGGCUGAAAAGAGAAUUGCUGAGGGUAAGUCCUUGGGUGUCUUGGGUGCUUAA